CUGCACUUUCUGUCGCCGUUCCGCGAGGGAUGACAGUAACUGAGGGGUGCUGGACAGCGGCAGACCAAUAGCUGGGAAUGUAAAAUCGGGGUAAUUACUGUGAAGGGGUGAAUAUUUCAGGGUAGCGUAAGUAUUAAGAGAAGAGGGGGACUGAAUAGAAGGGUGAGAAAAGUAAUGAGGUCAGUGUGGAGGGGUCGUGGAUAAGGCGGAUGAAUUUUGAGGGAAAAAACAUCGAUAAAGGUAAAUCCUUUACGUGAAGACAAAAGGGUGAUGAUUCGGGAAUAACAACUUGACAUAAAGGGGAAUACUACUUAUACUAAAAUACUAAGGGAACAGGCUGUUGACAUGUUCAAGAAAAAUUACAAAGUAGGUGAAUGUUAACACAACUAAAAAGGGUAAACAUUGUAGAUAGGGGUGAGCGGGUGUAUGACAGGGAUGAGCCAUUGUGGAUUGGAGAAUAAGUGUUAAAGGGAACCAGGAUAAAACAGGGAAAAUUAUAUUCCUGGGGAAAACGCAAGUGGCGAAACCAAGGGGAUUUGAUUGCAUGUGAAAAAAAUGGAUAUAUUUUAAAAAUACGAUUUGGGCAAAGUGGAGGACGAAAGGGAGAGGAUGCAAAAUUUUUGUUAGGUUUUUUUUAUUACUGGGUCUGAGUUAAUUCAACCAGGGUUCCUAGCAUUGUUUAUGGGUUGAAGUCAAGAUGCCUUGGCCAUUCUCUGAGUCGAUUAAGAAGCGGGCUUGCAGGUACCUGCUGCACCGAUACCUGGACCACUUCCUGGAGGAGAAGUUGAGCCUGGAGCAGCUGAGUGUGGAUCUUUACCAAGGAACAGGCUCUCUCUCACAGGUUCCAUUGGACAAAUCGUCCCUAAAUGAAAUCCUAGAUUCACUUGAUGCACCUUUGGAAAUAACUGAAGGAUUUAUCCAAAACAUUUCAGUUUCCAUCCCUUGGUCUUCACUCUUACAAGAGAACUGUGCAGUGGAGGUGCAAGGACUGGAGAUGGUCUUUCGACCGAGGCCUCGUGUGGUGUCGGGCUCGGAACCCAUGUACUGGUCCAGCUUUAUGACGGACAGUAUGCAGCUGGCCAAGGAAUGCCUAAGCCAGAGACUGACGGAUGAUCAGGCCGAAGGGCCACAGCCACUCGAGGGGCUCGAGAAGUUUGCAGAGACCAUUGAAACAGUUCUAAGAAGAGUCAAGCUUACAUUUCUAGAGAGCGUUCUCAGGAUUGAGCAUGUUCCAGAGAAUUCGAAAACUGGGGUCGCACUGGAGAUUCAUAUCCAGAGAAUCGAAUAUUGUGAUGAGUCUGCCGCUGAGUGUCCAGACAUCAGCAUUCAUCAUCCCACAGCUUUUGCCCACAAGAACUUGCAGCUAAGUGGGAUCUCGUUAUUCUGGUUUGAGUUCUCUGAAAGUGCAAAAACUUCACCUAGGAUUUCUCCGAUGCAGGAAAUGGAGCCAAAACUUUCUCCAAGCUGGAACCCAAAGAUAGUUUCUGAACCUCACCCCCAGUUCACAAGGAAAACAUCUGAUGCCAUUCACUUUGAUCCAGUCCAGAUUGGAAGCUGUGAAGGGAAGAUGGAGCUGGAAUUCACCUUAAAGCAGAAUGAAGCACUUCCAGUUGCCAAGCUGGAUGUGGAGGGGCAGAUAGAAUGCAUCAAAUUCUUCCUGUCUCCACGACAGGUCCACCUGCUCCUGGAUAUGUUUGGAACCAUCCUACUGCCAGGAUGUACAGAGGCAACAGCUCUCCAGUUGAAAAGCCGGAAGAAUCGUCCGAUGCAGCAGGAGGACCAAUAUCUCAUUCAGAUGGAACUCAAUCGAUACCUGCAGAAGGAGACGGUUUCCACUGGUAUCACAGCAGAACAGAGCUAUUACGAGACUGAAACAGUCCGAACAACUUCAAGUCGUGCAGAAGAUGACGUCUUUUUCUCAAUGGCAGACAUGGAAAUGUCAAACAGUGUGGCAUCCCUUCCACCUCUGGGAGAACCAACUGUAGAUAUGGAAUUAUCACUGAGCAGUACACAUAUCAACUCAACAGACAGCUCACCGCAGAGCGCCACAGGGUUUUCAACGCCAUGGGAUGAUUACGUGGAUCGUUCUGGACCAGGAGGCCAAACAACACGGGGGUCACCACUUAACUCCAAAGAGUUACCAAUAAUGCAGAGGCCACUCCGACCAAGCAGUCUCCCUUCCAAACCGCACUCUAUUGAUGAAUCUCGACCUGAGGUUGUUCUACGGCUGGCAAUUGGCAGUCUCUCUGUAUCAGUGCUGCACAUCGAUCCACUGCCGCCACCUGAAAGCCCGUUGCACCUUGAACCCCUGACAAGGAUGGCGUCCCAUUUCUUUGAACAUUUGAAGACCAUCAAUCUCUCUCAGUUCCCAGUGAGAGAUUUCCACAUUCUCCGAACCAAGUUGGCCACGGCCUGUCCCCAUGACCAUCUACGACUGUUUGCAACCGAUGUGAAGCUGAACUGUGAACAGCGACGGAGCACCAGCUCACGGAGCCUGAAUACUGAUGUCUGCAUUAACUGGAUGGAACUACUGGAAUGUCUGUUCCCUAUGGAUUCACCAACUGUCAUACCCCAGUAUACAGAGCUGAUUACAUUUCAAUCUAGGUGUGAGACAGAAGCUCAUCCUGUACCUUCUGUGCAGAUUCAUUACAAGCACAUUGACCGAAGAGGAGUCCAGGGCAGUCAAGGGAGAUUAGCAUCAGUACCACAGAAGGCGGAGCUACAGAUUGAGCUUGGCCCCAUCCAGUCGGAAUUAGACAUCAGUAUUGUGGACAGACUUAACUCAUUGCUGCAGCCGCAGAAGCUCGGAACAACAGAAAUGAUGGCAUCACACAUGUACACAUCUUUUAACAAGCACAUCAGUCUGCAGAGAGCUUUUACUGAAGUUUUCCGGGACGAUUCUGGCUCACCUGCCAACUACCGAACAUCCGUGCAGCUCACCACACCCAUUUUCAAGAUGGCCAUCCGCUUCCCAAUCCCAGACCUUCGAUCUGACCAGGAAAGAGGGCCCUGGUUCAAGAAGUCACUUCAGAAGGAAAUUUUACACCUGGAAUUCAGCGAGAUGGAAUUUAAGACUGAGUUCUGCGGGAGUUUAUCCCACGAGCAGCUCAAACUUGAGCUAACUUUUAAGGAGCUCCUUGGUAAAUUUCAGGAAGAUCUGGGGACUCCAUCAUUCACCUUUCUUAAAGUUUCACAUGGUGCUGAUGGAGACAUGUCUACCUCUGACAGUGGGAAGUUUGAUUGGCCAAGGGUUGUGCUAAAGGUGAAUCCAACAGCCGUGCAUUCCAUCUUAGAACGGGUAACGAGUGAAGAUGAGGAGCCUGGAAGUCACUUACUGGAGGAUGAAGAAGGUGGAGGCCAUUCACUAAAAGAUGUCUGUGAUUUGGGAAAGCAUGAACCCUCACCUUUCUCCUCUCGCCGAGUCAUGUAUGAAAACGAGGAGAUGGUGAUGCCAGGGGAUCAGCUGGAAAUGGGUCAGUUCCAGGAUAAAACCAUAAGCACCUCCCAUUAUGUACUGGAGCUUACAUUACCAAAUCUCAACCUUGCAUUGCCAAACAAGGCAUUCUAUGAGAAAGUGUAUAACAGAAUAAACAAUGACCUAUUGCUGUGGGAGCCCACUGCACCAUCUCCCGUUGAGACAGUAGAAAACAUUACCUACGGAGUCGGGUUGUCUGUGGCCAGCCAAAUGAUCAAUGCGUUCAGCAAAGAAAAUCUCACUCCAUUCAAGUCUGCCCUCCUCCAGGAUGAUGACGAGAGUGGAUCUGACGAAGAGUCUCUGCAGUUCCAAUCCACCACUGAUCCGGCACACAGGUCACGACGCAAAAAGAAAGUUGAACAGUUAAGCAAGACUUGUCAAAGUUUCCUAUCGAUCCUCCUCAAUGUGUCUCAUGGGUUGGUGACAGUACAUACAGAUACCAAGAGUGAAGACGGCACAUCGUUAGUGGGAAAGCACGGUGAAUUCUGGUUGGAGGUUGAAAAUGGAAACUUAUUCACCGUGGGGAGGUAUCAAGGCUGUGAUGACCAGCAUUAUUUUUGUCUCCAGGCCAACAAGGUUUUCCUUUGUCACCAAGGUAUGGUGGAGGAUGUGUGCGCCCCAGGUGAUGUGAAGCUCCCCAGCAAGUCUCGGCCCCUAUGGCUUGAACCCACAAUCUACCAAUCUGAGGAGGGUGUAUGGAUCAAGCAGGGUGCUACUUCAUUGGGAAGUGGUGCAGAGAGUUCAAACAUGUUGUCUGUUGCAGUUAAAGUUCAUCACAACAAGAGCGAGAGCAACAUGAAGGAGAUUCUCAUGGCUAUCGGUCUGCGUGGAGCUACUCUUCAGCACCGUAAUGUAUUGCCAGGGCAAAGCUGGCAUGAGCAGAUCCUGGAUUUCAUGAAUAUUACGGAGGAACCUGUGUUGGGCUAUGCUCGUCCAGCAAAUGCAACCACAUUCCACCUACACCUCUGGAGCUGUGCCCUGGACUACAGGCCACUGUAUUUACCUGUUCGAGCAGUGGUGACUGUUGAAACCUUCACCAUAUCCAGUAACAUUGUCCUGGACAAGUACUGCUCUACACUCAGAAUAAUUAUUGAUGACGCUGCAUUGUACUUGUCUGAGAAAUGUCAUAAUGCACUGGUAAAUUUAAAGAAAGAUUACGUACGAGUUCUGGACAUGGGGCUGCUGGAGUUCCGCAUCACUGCGUCAAAGCAGACGUCAGAGGGAGAGCGGCCUCGGUUUGAGCUCUGCUGUUCCAGUGAUGUCAUCCACGUCCGCACGUGUUCUGAUUCUUGUGCUGCCCUCAUGAACCUUAUCCAGUAUGUGGCAAGUUAUGGAGACCUGCAUCCGCCCUCUAAAUUCCAAGGAACCCCUGGAGCCGCGGCACAGAGGAGCCGGGCUGGAUCCGGUGACAGCACUCCCAGCAGAACGUCAGGUCUUGCUGAGGCUGAGCAGAAGAUGCUGCGGGACCUCAUGAUCGAUGCAAUGGAGGAGAUGGAUGUCCUACCGUCAUCACCUCCUUCCCCUCCUGUCGCGCCACAAUCAAAUGGGCUUCACAGAAACCUCAUCCGGGAGCGAGAGCCUGCACAGUCUGAUCUUUUCCUCUUCCCCGAUGAAAGUGGAGGCUCUUCCCAGGAGCAGAGCCCAAGUUCCACCAUGGUUCUUCCAGAGCAUCAUGCAGCCUACACCCCAUUACCCAGUGAGCAGCCUGAGAGUGAUGAUUUCUGCAUCCUAGAUGCACCAAAGCUUUCAGUCACGCAGAGAGAGUCUGAACCCGUAGUGAAGAUACUGACCCCUGGACCCAUUCUCAUCAAAGACGAGCAUUUCACGUUGCCAGUCAAGAAAGUGGACAAAAGCAAGGCACCCGUGCACCUGCCGAUCCCAGAGGUCCGCUAUGUGGUGAAGGAGAUCUCAGUUGUGUGGCAUCUGUAUGGAGGAAGGGACUUCGGAACAGCCGUCACCAGACGUUCCCCUGUUAAAAGCAUACCCAUGAGAACUGGCUCCAGCUCUUCCCAAAGCUCCCCAUCUCAGUCUUCUGCGCGACACGGCCGUUCGACCAGGCGCAUUCAGGGUGGACCCGGAAGGAACCACGAUAUCCUGAUGGAGAUUCAAUUCAGUAAGGUGAAAUUUCAGCAUGAAGUUUAUCCUCAGACAGGCCACCCUGUGGAUCCAGGUUCGACAGAGAGUCCUAUCUCACGACAAGUCUUCAUAGUCCAGGACCUUGAGAUCCGAGACCGCCUUGCAACUUCUCAGAUGAACAAGUUCCUAUACUUGUACUCCAGCAAAGAGCUACCAAGAAAAGCUCAUUCCAACAUGCUGACCAUUAAGGCACUGCAUGUGAGUCCCGAUUCCACUCGGAUGCCUCAGGAAUGUUGUCUCCGCAUUACGCUGAUGCCCCUUCGACUAAAUAUUGAUCAGGAUGCCCUGUUUUUCUUAAAGGACUUUUUCAGCAGCCUAGCUGCAGAGGUUGAGAUGUUAAUUCCUCCAGAUCCUGUGCAGGAGGUGAGAAAACCUCCUGGGUCAGAUGCCGCCAGCAGCCUUUCCAAAAAUGGAACCACUGCUGCAGAUCAUGGCCCCAUAAUUACCCUUCCAGGUCAGAGCAAACACCAACCAGGACCUUCGACUACUGCGGCUACGGUCCCGAUCAGCGAGCCAGAGGGAACUGCAGCAGCAGCCUUUGCAGACCAGCCGGUCUUCUUCAGGGAGUUUCGUUUCACAUCUGAGGUCCCCAUUCGAUUGGAUUACCAUGGCAAGCACAUGUCUAUGGAUCAAGGCACCUUGGCAGGAAUACUGAUUGGACUGGCUCAGCUGAACUGUUCUGAGUUGAAGUUGAAAAGAUUGUGCUACAGACAUGGGUUGUUGGGAGUGGACAAGCUCGUGUCAUACGCACUUAAUGAAUGGCUAACUGACAUCAGAAAGAAUCAACUACCUGGUAUCCUUGGUGGCGUUGGACCCAUGCACUCUCUUGUCCAGUUGGUUCAAGGAUUGAAGGAUCUGGUCUGGCUGCCUAUUGAGCAGUAUCGCAGGGAUGGACGUAUUGUGAGAGGGCUGCAACGAGGAGCAGCCUCUUUUGGAACCUCCACUGCCAUGGCUGCCCUCGAACUGACGAAUCGACUGGUGCAAACUAUACAGGCAGCAGCUGAGACCGCCUACGAUAUGGUUUCUCCGGGCAGCAAUUCGCAUGGUUUGAUGAAGACAAAACGGAUUUCUCAGCAUCGGCUGGCUCAUCAGCCAGUCGAUCUCCGUGAGGGAGUAGCUAAGGCGUACGACCUGGUGAAAGAGGGAUUCACGGACACGGCACACAUGAUUUACCAGACAGCGACGCGGGAACACGAGCAGCGGGGGAUGACCGGAGCAGUGGGAGGAGUGCUGCGGCAGAUCCCUCCGGCCGUGGUGAAGCCAUUGAUUGUGGCAACCGAGGCCACCUCCAAUGUCCUUGGCGGGAUGCGAAACCAGAUCCAACCGGACGCGCGGCAAGAAGAGUCUCAGAAGUGGCGGCUUGCUAAUCAAUAGUGCUUCGGGAUUGUUCCCUGAAACUUUCAGCAUAUGGGAGAGAGAAGCCAGUGUACCUCAAGGUCCCAUGUUGGGAACCAACUGAGUGUCACUACGCAUUACACUUUGCUGCCUGUUUAUUUUGGUCUCAUCCAGAUCCCCAAAAAACAAAAACUUUGUGUCAAUAGGAGAGUUUAUAGUACAUAAUUAACUUGAUUGAUCUGGUGACUUCAUAGAAGAAACUCUCGGGUUCAUUUACAAGUGGCCUUGGAGAAUGAUUGUUUUAAAAAGCAGGGUGGUGACUGGAAUCCAUCUUCUUGCUGUGAUCUGUGGGGUCAGCAUCGUUUGCAGUUUGAUAACAAAUAUGGAUUAUAAACCCUCCAUCUGCAAGGGAUGCAUUAUGUCUCCUGGAAGCAAAGAUUUUAAUUAUUCUUCCUUGUCUUAGUCAGGAUAUUCUUCAUGGUCACACUCCCUGAGCCUGCGGCCUGCUUCAACGGUUAUAGCUACAAUCAUCAACAACUGACUCAGCAGACUCCCUGAGGAAUUCAUUGGCCAGACCCUGGCUGCAAUAGGUUUAGAUUAAAUUGAAGGUGCCUGCAAGUUCUUGGUUUCUGUUUCUUCUCUUAAAUGUUUUCACAUUCAGGUUGGGUUGAGUGUCCAAGAUGUCCAGUGCAGAGACACUGCAGCGCAUUGAAAACGUCAUGGAGCACAAUGUGCUGAACUUGAGCGGUCGUGGUAUUCGUUGAAGUGUCAGAAUAAGUGACUCAGGAUGAGCGUAACAAAAAUGGAAAAUGACAUGCUUAUUUUCGGGAUAUAACAAGGGGACAGGUGGCUGUGCAGUAUCUGCCAAUUCCAAAACAUCCUGGUUCUGUCUGUGAAAAGCCAGUUUUAUGAUCCUACUACAGGAGUUCCCAAACUUUUUUAUGCCAUGGACCCCUACCAUUAAUCAAGGGUCCGUGGACCCCAGUUUGGGAACUCCUGCCCAACAACAAGAAUUUUUCCAUUACCAACCUCAGUUUUCCAACAUACUCUUCCUGCCCUCUCCACAGCACAACACUGUACCAGUCCGACACUUCACUCCUUUCUGCACUGUGCUUUGUUUCUUACUUGCUCAAUUCUGAUCAAAGGCUCAGUGUUCUAGUAUUCUACAUUUUAUAGCUUUUCCUAAAGAUACAACACAAGAACCGAUCCUUCAGCUCACCAAAUCUGUGCCAACCCUUGAACACCAAUAUACACUUUACCCAUUUAAUUGUCCCCACAUUCCCCUACUACCUUUCAGAUUCUACCCCACAUACUGCUGCAGUUAACCCAUUGACCUGAGGAAAAGAAGCCAGAGCACCUUGGGGAAUCCCAUGCAGUUACAGGGAGAAAGUGCAAACUCCACACAGCACCAGAUGUUAGGAUUGAACUGGUAUCAUUGGUGCUGCAAAGCAGCAGUUCUGCUCGCUGUGCCAUCAAUGCCCAGUUUAAAACUCAUUGCCUCAGAACAUUAAAUUAGAAUCAGUUUUCUUUUAUCUCUGACAUGUGACAUUUAUUGUUUUAGAGAAACAGGCCCUUUGGCCCAUGUAUUUCAUGCAAACUGUUAUUCUGUCUAGUCCCAUCGACCUGCACUUGGACCAUACCCUUCCCAUCCAUCUAAUUUCUGCAAUCGAGCCUGCAUCCACCACUUCCACUGGCAACUUGCUUCACACUCUCAACACCGUCUGAGUGAAGAAGUUCCCCCUUAGGUUCUCCUUAAUAUUUCACCUUUAACCCUUAACCUCUGACCUCACACCCAACCUCAGUAGGAAAAAGCCUGCUAGCGUUAACUCUAUCUAUACUGCUCAUUCUCUCUCACAUGAUUAAAAACAAAGUUCUAAGGUACCCAGUGGGUUAAAUAGCAUCUUUAGAGAGAGGAAAGCUAACAAAUCAGGUUUGUUUUGCGUCCCCCUCUCCCUCACUCUCUCCCGCUCCAUGACUGAUUAUUCGUGUUCUCCAUGCUUUUAAGUAUGUCGUAUAACUGCAGGUAGAAAGCAGAUGGCUCGCAGCUCCCCCCACCACCUUUUUCUGGCUUCUUCACCCUUCCUUUCCAGUCCUGAUGAAGGGUCUCAGCCUGAAACAUGGACUGUUUAUUCACCCCUUCCCCCAUAGAUACUGCCUGACUUGCUGAGUUCCUCCAUUGUUAUGUGUGUGUGUGUGUGUGUGUGCACGCUGUGUGUAUGGAGUUUGUAAUUUCUGUCUAUGAUCACAUGUGUUUCCCCUGGGUAUUCCAGUUUAUUCCCACAUCAUGAAGAUGAAGAAUAACAGUUUGGCACAGACCAGACUGGCUGAAGGGCCAAUUUCUGUGCUGUAGUGCUCAAUAAUUGACCUUCUAAAUUACUGUUUGGUGGCUGAAACGAUUAUCUGAGGGAUAUUAAUGGAAUUUAGAAUGGAUAAGUGAAAGAAGUGGGAGAAGGCUAUUGAUGGAAUUGAUCUGAGAACCAGCAUACACAUCAUGGGCUAAAUGGCUUCCUUUGGCACAGGAAAAUGGGAGAAUUCCUUCUGUUCAUUUCUGUUCCUCUCACCACCUUUUUCCUUUCUCUCGGUCUUCCUCCCUUAAACUCUUGUGUCCCCUCCCCUUUCUCUUCCUGUAUCUGUGAGCAGACACCUGGCAUGUAAGAGUAUCUUCACUGAUAUCUAGCAUCCUUACACCUGAGAUUGGAGCUGUGUUGGCAGGGCAGGAUCAAAUCCCUGAUUUCCCCUGCACCAGAAAAUACAUCUUAAAAUCUAUAAAGUGACAAUCAAAUUCUCAACUAAAUUCCCUGAAUUUGGCUCUGUAAGCUUCCACAUAAAAUUGUUUCUCCUCAACAUCACUGAAUCAGAUCAUUACUUUUUUAAAAACAUUGCCUUGUAUAAAGUUUUAAUUUUUUUUUUGUACAGCAGUUUUAAAGCCUAAUUUUUGUGAAUUGAUUAAUAUUUUUUUGGUUGCUCUCGGUGUACAUAUUUCUAAGUAAUGUUGUUGAUGUGUCACAGAGAGGGUUGUGAAUGGAUCUACCAUAGACAGUGAACUUCAGAAAGGGAAGAAAUAAAGAAUACACAUCUUGUGUGUACAUUAUCCUGCUUUAUAAAGUGAAAGCUUGCUUCUAAUGGAUGAGAGUUACAAGACACUGUAUGACAUCUUCUCUUCCUUCAGGCCUUGGAUUUCAACACGCAGAGCCAAAGUCUCAUAGGCACAGAAAUGGGUAAUUUAUCCAUAAAUCCACUAUAACAGUAUUAUCAAAGUUGAGUUUAUAGUCAGGUGCACAAGCCAGUGUAUGCAUAGGUGCAAAGAAAAACUUACCUGCAGCAGCUUCACAAGCACAGAGCAUCAGAUAAGCAGCAUUCACAAGAAAAACGUGUACACAAUUUUUAUAAGAAAGAGCAAUUAGAAAAGGUUUUUUUUACUGUACCUAGGUAUUUCAAAGUUCAAAGUAAAUUUACUGUCAAAGUGUGUGUGUGUGUAUAUAUAUAUAUAUAUAUAUAUAUAAAAUAUGUCAUAUCCUGUACAACUGAGAUUCAAUUUUUGCAGGCAUUCACAGUAAAUACAAGAGACACAGUAGAAUUCACAAAGACCACACCCAUCAAGGACAACCAAUGUACAAAUGUCAACAGACUUCAAAUUCAAAAGAAAUAAUAAAUAAUUAAGCAAUAAAAAUAAAGAACGUGAAAUGAAAAUU